UCUUCGUGUUAAGCAAGCACUAUCAUUUAGUUGCUAUUAUAUGGGAAGAGAACGACGAAGAUAUAUUUAUUCAAGAAGUUUCUAUUUGUGCGUGUCUCUUGCCAGAAUACAAAUCAAAGUGACAAGUUCGGGGCAUCGAGAUAAGCUGUUUGAUGGAAUCCUCUAACCAGUUCCAUGAUUCAUUCAAGCAAGGUCUUCUUGCUGGAUAUAUUUUUGCUGCAACAUUUGUCAUAGUUUUUUAUAUGUCCUAUUGUAUACCUAUACAACUUUUCAAGAAGAGGAAAAGAAACAAGGGUAAAUGUAAAUCCCCACAUCAGGGGUUGAAACAGGACAACAUCAAAGAGAAACGAAAGAAAGCCAGACAGAUAGGUAAACCGCUGCCUGUGGAGUUGCUAGACAAAAGAAUACAGAUCAAUGAAGUUGGAAGGUUCACUUGUAGAAUGAGCUUCACAAAACUCUGCACUGCAACCAACUACUUUAGCAUGGAAAAUGCCAUUGGAGCGGGAAGGAUUGGGAUAAUGUACAAGGCAAUGCUUCCCAACGGUUGGUUCCUAGCAAUUAAGAGACUAUAUGAUUCUCAGUUGCUUAACAAACAGUUUGAGUUAGAAAUAAUGAUCCUGGGGAGAUACAAUCACAGAAACAUAGUUCCCUUGCAUGGUUUCUGCAAAGAUGAAGAAGGAAAUGAAAGGAUUUUGGUGUAUCAAUACAUGUCAAAUGGAAGACUUUCCGAUUGGUUGAGGGAUGAUGUCACGAGAUUAGGAUGGCCAGUGGUUAUUAGAAUAGCACUUGGGGUAGCAAGAGGUUUAUGUUGCCUCCAUCAUAGCUUGCAUAUGGUUCAUCAUAGCAUCAGUUCAGAGUGCAUCUUAUUAGAAAAUAAUUUUGAGCCCAGAAUAUCUAAUUUUGGAGAGGCCAUGUUUCUGAAUCAUGAUAUAGGCACGAACGGGGGUUGUAAGGAGGAUGUCUAUAACUUUGGAAUUUUGCUUUUUGAGCUCAUUAGGGGUAGGAAAUUUGGAGAUAUAAGUGACUCUUUUAGCAAUACCAAUUGUCCUUUUGCCACUUUCACAUAUCCUAAUCCUACAAAUCUGUUGGAGAAUCCUUGUGGCUUCUAUGAUGACAUGGAUAAAUAUUUAAACGAGAUAGAAUUUGAAGAUGAGGUCUCUGCUCUUGUCAGAGUUGCAUGUGACUGUGUUCAUCCUUUUCCUGAUCAAAGGCCUACGAUGCUUAAUGUAUACAGUAAGAUGAGUCACAUAUGGGAAAGGGAUGGGAUUUGUGAAGAUUCUUUUACCUACUAUCAGAUGCACGAAUUGCUACCUCUGCAGUUGGUAGAGAAAGGAAGUAAAGAGAUCUCUGUCCUAUUGGAAAGUUUGACUUCCACAAUAUUGUUCGAAGAACUCCAUGAUGCAACUGACUGCUUUGCUAUGGACAAUGCCAUUGGGGUGGGGAAGAUGGGAAUAAUGUACAAGGGAAAGUUACCUAAUGGUCAGUUCUUAGCUGUCAAGAGACUAUUAUCAGACUCUCAGCUGUUCAAUAGGCAGUUCCUUUCAGAAAUAAUGAUUCAGGGUAAGUACAGACACAGAAAUAUAAUGCCCCUGCUUGGCUUCUGCAUGGAAAGAAAUGAAAAGAUUUUGGUAUACCAGUACAUGUCAAAUGGAAGGCUUUCCAAAUGGUUGCAUCCUGUAGGAAGUGAAGUCAUGAUAUUGAAAUGGCUUGAGAGGGUCGACAUUGCAAUUGGGAUAGCAAGAGGAUUGUCAUGGCUCCAUCAUAGCUGCAAUUUGCAAAUAGUGCAUCUUAAUAUAUGUUCCGAGUGUAUAUUACUAGAUGAAAAAUUUGAACCCAAAAUAUCCAAUUUUGGAGAGGCCAAAUUUAUGAAUCCCAACACUGAUGAUGAUUUCGGCAUGAUAUUCAAAGUAAAUGAUGGGAAGAAGGAUGUUUAUGACUUUGGAAGUGUACUUUUUGAACUGAUUACAGGAAAAACAUAUAAUGAACUGUCCUGUUCAUUCAGCACUACUAACCUUUGUGGUAACCCUUCAAGUUUUUAUAAUGCAAUUGAUAAAUCUCUGGCUGGGGAAGGGUUUGUAAAUGAAGUGUGUACUCUCCUUAAAGUUGCUUGUGAGUGUGUUCGGCCUUUUCCAGAUCAAAGGCCAACAAUGCUUGAAGUUUACAAUAAUAUGAGCAAUAUAUGGAAGGGAAGACAUGGAUUCAAUGAUGAGUUUGACAUGCCCAGAGGAUCUGAAAUUGUUUCUGUUACUAGUAUAGACGAAAUUGUCUGAGUUAUAAAAAAUUAGAUAGUAUUUUGCAUACAUAGGCUUUGCUACAUGGCCACAUAGGGAAAAAAAAAUGUUACUUGUAUGUUGUAUCGUUCUCAUUACUAUAGUGAUGAUUGAUGAAUGUAUGGGUAAAUAAAUGAGACAUGCUUUGUUUUGUUUUUUUUCUUUGAAAUCAA